CAUCCGGGAUAGUCAGACAGCAGCAGAAGGCCAAGAUGGCGGACAGUGGAGAUAGUUCUGCCGUGGAGAGAAACAAUAGCGCCUCGGAAACCGCCGACGAACGCCUCAAGAGGAUUUACUCAAUGGUCAACGAGAAGGAGACACCUCUCCCCCGUUCGUGGAGCCCCAAAGACAAGUACAACUUCAUCGGAUUGUCACAGAACAACCUCAGAGUCCACUAUAAAGACAUGCCAUGGUCUUUUUUCCAUGUGUUUCGUGCAGGGAUCGGUAAAAACCACAAAGAUGCAGCAUCUGUACGAGCCACACACCCCAUCCCCUCCUCAUGUGGGAUCUACUACUUCGAGGUCAAGAUCGUCAGUAAGGGUCGCGACGGGUACAUGGGAAUUGGACUUUCUGCACAGGGGGUCAACAUGAACAGGUUACCAGGCUGGGACAAGCACUCCUACGGUUACCAUGGUGAUGACGGGCACUCGUUCUGUUCCUCUGGGACGGGACAGCCGUACGGUCCCACCUUCACCACAGGCGACGUGGUGGGCUGCUGUGUCAACCUCAUCGACAACACCUGCUUCUACACCAAGAAUGGGCACAACUUAGGUAUUGCCUUUACAGACUUGCCUCACAAUCUGUACCCAACAGUUGGGCUCCAGACUCCAGGAGAAAUCGUGGAUGCAAAUUUUGGUCAGCAGCCCUUUGUGUACGACAUAGAAGACUACAUGAGAGAGUGGCACCAGAAGACUAGAGUCACGAUAGAGAGCUUCCCAGUCCCAGAUCACAAAGGGGAGUGGCAGAAAACCUUGCAAAGGAUGGUGUCCACAUACUUGGUGCACCAUGGAUAUUGUUCAACUGCAGAAGCUUUCGCCAAGAGUACAGGGCAGUCCUUUACAGAGGAACUGACUUCCAUGAAGAACAGACAAAGAAUACAGAAGUUGGUUUUAGCCGGGCGGAUGGGAGAGGCCAUAGACACCACACAGAGCCUGUACCCAGGACUGCUAGAACGCAACCCCAACCUCCUUUUUGUGCUCAAGUGCCGCCAGUUUGUUGAAAUGGUUAAUGGAACGGACAGUGAAGUUCGGGGACUCAGUGCGAGAAGUCCCAAGUCGCGGAACAGUAGCGGGAGUUCCACGGGGUCGGAGUACAGGUCGUCUCCUAGCCUCAGCCCCAGCCACCACAGGAUGGACACACAGAGGGCCAACGGCAAGAUUGAGCGGACAUAUGUUGCAGGGAACAAGAGUCCUAACCCCGGUGAACUCAUCAACACCAAGUCCAACCCCAGUACCUCUGCUAACCAGGACCACGUUAGUGUAGCUGAGAUGAAUGCAGUCAACUCUGUCACCAACGGAUUCUCAUCCAAUCAGGUGGAUGUAGAGAUGGAGGUAGAGGAGUACAGUAACAGUCAGAUGGUGUGUAACGGUGUGUCCAGCCGAGUGAACGACGGAGCGUCCACCUCCUACAUGAACGGCUGCUCCCACAACCAGCACAGGGAGGACCUCAUGGAGACAGACGACUUUGACACAGAUAAGGAUGUGCAGAGCCAGAGGAGACAGCUGUGCGGAGGCAGCCAGGCUGCUAUAGAGAAGAUGCUGCAGUUCGGGAGGGAGUUACAGGGCAUGAGUGUCCAGCUCAGGAGGCAGUACGGCAAGAACGAGGCCAACAAGAAGGUUCUACAGGAUGCCUUCAGUCUCCUGGCCUAUGCAGACCCCUGGAACAGUCCUGUAGGUUAUCAGUUGGACACAGUACAGAGGGAGCCCAUCUGUGCUGCACUCAAUAGUGCUAUUCUAGAAUCUCACGGCUUGCCCAGGCAGCCGCCGCUGGAGAAGGCGGUGGGCCACGCCACGGAAUGCCUGAAGCUGAUGUCCAAAGUCGGGAUCGGCUCCUGCGCGUUUGCUAACAUCGAGGACUACUUGCGGUGACCAGCCUGCCCCCUCCGUGCCCCCCUCCCCCUCCUGUACUUAGCCCUCGUUCGAUCCCGGUCGGUUUAGCCCCCGCCUGUGUGCGUUCCUGUGCACGAUAUAACCCUCCCUCCCUACGUAAAUAGUUUCGUCAGGUUGGUAAAGUAUAGGAUACAGGAUUUUUCUUUUACAAAACCAAAUUUUCUCACAAAUUGGGGUUGAUGUUUUGGUGUCUAUCAGAUACCUUCCUAAGAGCUUUGCGGCAAGAACACAAUCCCAAACAUGGCUGAGUUUGUAACUCCCCUCGUCAUGGUUCAUCACUGGGGUCGACUUCCAGACGCAGAACUCCAGUCAGAAGCUCUGAGGAAGGUGUCUGACAGACACUGAAACGUCAGUACCAAUAGCUGAGAAAAUUUGGUUGUGUAAAAGAAAACUCCUGUAUCCUAUCCCUCCCUCCGUAAAUACUUUCAUCAGGUUGGUAAAAAGCUGGAUGAGAAAGUGCUUUUUACACAACCGUGUGUUUAUGCCUAGCCCACGUUUCAGUGACUGUCUGUCACCUUCCUCGGGGCUGACUGGUUGUGCUUGACACUUCAGCUAGGCGUUGCUGCUAGAGUGUGAAGAAUGCAGUCCCAAACAUGACAGAGUUUAUACCACCUCAUCCCUGCAACACCUAGCUGCAGUGCAAAGUAGAACUAGUUGAUAGUACCCCAAGGAAUGUGACUGACAGUCACUGAAAUGUUGGUUAGUUAUGAACUCUCUGGUUGUGUUCAAAGAACUUGUGGUCCAUCCUUUCAUUCAUUCAGGCCAGGUCUUGUACAGAAAUGCCCCCCCCCUUCCCCUACUAUGAUUCAGCUGAAAUCCUGUUGAUCUGUACUAUAGGGCUCUGAUAUAUACUGUAUAUUCUCCCACAUAGGCUGCAACAACUCUCACUGUCACUCUUAGGAAUGUGUGUUUUCUUCAAGUCACCAUCUUAAGAGACGAAGUACUCCUACCUAAAGCUCGACCCUGUACAGAGAAGUUUGUACAUGUAGCUAUGGAUUGCUAUUUUGCCAGCUGUAGCGAAUGUCCAGAAUUUAUUAUUGGAAUACUAUAAUUAAAGCAUGUGUAAAAGGGAAGUGACGAUAGAUGAUGCAAACAUUUAGACCACUUUGUAUAAUGACUGGAACAUCAAUAUAUCAAUAUGUGUUAUAAUAGUAGAAGCAUUGCACAUUUCAUCCUGUAUAUUGAGGGGGGAAAAGGGAAGUAUGCUCAUAUUGUGUAGACUCCCCUUCGGGUGAGAUGUCAUGUGUAAGCCCGAAAAUAAUUGCAAAGUUUUCUUUUCUAGAAAGACAGUAGGUAGUUGUUGUUUGUUUGAUUGUUUAUAUGUGUGUUUUAAAAAAAAGGACAUAUGAAGUGGUUCCUAUUUACAUGUGCUACGACUAACGUCAUGAUUUUGUUUGGAGAAAUGAAAUGUAGUUUGUGUCGAGCCUCGAGGGUCCUGACGUUGUAUUGUUAAAGAGGCUAGAAUAGGUGACCACACUCUAUUGUACCUACAUAAAAUAAAGUUACAGUAAAGGUUAUGGUGUCAA